GUGAGACUGUACAGCAAAGCGCAAUGUUCCAGACAAUGUCCAAGAUGGCAUAUAGGUCUGCUUGGCGACAGCGCCGAAAUACUAACAGCCAGCAUGUCGGAGCAACCGCUGCACGACUUGAUCGACCGACUCCAGCUUGACGAGUUCAUUACCAUCAAAGUCGGUCCUCCGCAUGGCGAGAACAUCACUGUAAAAAUCCAGCAAAGCCUCCUCGAAGCUGUAUCAGAAUGGUUCAGCAGAGCUCUCUAUGAGGAAAGAUGGUUGGAGGGACAGACAAGCACGGCCUCCUUUCCACAAGAUGAUCCGUCGAUCUGGAGUAUUUUCAUUCACUGGAUCUUCCACCGCACACUUCCUCCUAGCCUGCAGAACUGGCGCACUAUCGCCUGUUGCUGGAUUCUUGGAGACAAAUAUCUCAUCCCCAGUUUCCAGGAUUACUGCAUGGCCCGCAUACUGCUUCUUCUCAAGACACGCGAUGGAUCUGCACCCAUUGCUGAAGACCUACCUGCGACCAAGACACUCAUACUCAAUAUACCACCACACUGCAUUUUGAUGCGACUGUUGGGCGAAGAAGUGGCACUCGCUGUGUUCGAAGGACAUCUUGCCAUGCAUGAUCUCACAUGUUUCGAUGGUACUGAUGGAUUUUGGACGCGGUUUUUGAAGGCACACUCCAAGAUUGAGGGAACGGAUGAGCGCGGUGUCACGCGUGUUCAGCUGGUUGGCUAUCACUCUGUCGCCGCUCGCUUGAGAGAGUACAUGGUCGCGAGGUGAUCUGCAUUCUGACCUCCAGACCAUCGAGGUUCUACUUCUACAAAGCUUUUGUAUUACGGCCCUCCUGUGCUGAUGAUCGCUCUAUUGGCUUCGCAUUGUCGCACGCCUUUACAUCAUGCGUUGCGUGGACUUUCAACCUAGAGAGUCGCAAGCUUGGAGCCUCUGAGCUCAUCGGCUCUGUCUGUACUCGCACCUUGUCGUUGCACGAUCUGAUGCCGUCAAAUUGCAUCAAAUUGGGAAAAUGAAGGCGAAUCAAAUACGGCUCUUCCUUCAAUCCGGUCACCCAACCCUUCUUCAUCAGUUGCAUAUCGACUUCA